UGUAAACAGAAAAUCACUGAACAAGAAGACUGUUGACAUUUCCCAAUCUCGUAAACGACGACUUGGAAAAUUCAAUAGAAAAACGAAAAAGGAUCAUGUUAAGACAAACUUGUGUUGCGGCGAAGCUUAAGCAAGUAGUUGAGUCACUGUACAAUCCCAAAUUGGCUGAUUCUUGGGACAAUACCGGAUUGUUGUUGCAAGCGCCUUUUUCCAGAACAGGCGCCAAGUCCGUAUUGCUGACGAUCGAUUUGACAGAAAAAGUUGCUGAUGAAGCCAUUUCUAACAAACUCGUUUCCUCCAUUAUAACUUAUCACCCUAUUAUCUUCCGUGGACUCAAAGCUAUCACGAUGGAAGAUUCGCAACAAAGGAGUCUUCUGCGUUUAGCUGCUGAGGGAAUCCAUGUUUACUCCCCUCAUACUUGCGUUGACGCUGCUCAUGAAGGCGUCAACGAUUGGCUGGCUUGGGGAAUUGCUGGUGGAAAAGACCAACUGAAAUCUUCAAAACCAAUUCAGCAAAAUGCUUCCAUGUCUGAUACUGAAGGAUAUGGCCGUCUUUGCGAACUUUCCAAGCCCGCCAGCUUGCGUGAAGUCAUUGACCGAGCAAAGAAACUAACUGGCCUUGCUUAUGUCCAAGUGGCCGCUCCAAAGGGCCUUGAUGCUCCAAUUUCCACCGUUUCCGUAUGUGCCGGCUCUGGUGGUUCCGUGCUCGCUGGAACAGAAGCCGAUUUAUACUUUACUGGAGAAUUGUCUCAUCAUCAGGUCCUUGCCCUCAUUGCCAAAGGAAUCUCUGUUAUCUUAUGCGGCCAUUCGAAUACUGAGCGUGGUUAUCUCAAGGAUGUCAUGGCUGAAAAGCUUGCCAAAGCUUUUCGAGAAUCAGACGCCGACGCAGAAAUAUUAAUUUCUGUUGAAGACCGAGACCCUCUCACUGUAAUGUAGGACAGAUCUUUUCAAGAUACAAUGAAAGGACGAAAAAAAAUUCUGACGACUUUUUUGACGAUUCAACCAGAAGAGCUUUGAAUGAUAAGCCUUCCAUACAAGCUCAUUUAACAGUGCCGUCAAUGCCUGUUUGUAUGUAUGUAGCUUUGAAAACAUGUAGGAAUGACAUUGACUUGCAUUUAACGGUGAUGUAGGGAACAAUCAUCUCCAUAUUGUAACUUAGCGCUUUGAGAGUUUACUAUCUGUUUUUGUCCGCAGUGCAUGCUGCUUUUUUGAUUCGAAAUAAAAAGUUACGAUUACUACAAUAAAAGUAUUCUCUCCCUCCGGGAUUCGAACCCGGGCUGCCAGCGUGACAGGCUGGUGUACUACCCCUAUACUAAGGAAGACUUAUAGUACCUUACAGUAAUAGACGU